AUGAAAGAAAUGCGCGAAGCUGAAUCUUGUUUUGACGAUUUUGUGUUGCUUGUUUUGUGCAGAGACCACGGGAUUCCUCCACUGAAAUCGAUUGUAUCUGAGGCCGAAGAAAUGGGUUCUGAAAGAUAUUCAAAAGCGUCCACCCUGAUUGUAUGUGUGAUCCUUAGGUUUACAGAAACUAUACAGAAGCUCUUCCAGCUGACCACUUCUGGCUCAGGCAGCUCUAAAAUAUCUGAAUUCUGCAAAGCUGAGAGAUUGAAGAUGGGAGGAGAUGAUUCUGGUAUGGAGAGUGAUAAUUUUGAUUGGAACACUGAAGAUGAGCUUGAAAUUGAGAACUAUCAGUCUUCAUCUUCAUGUUUAACUGUUCCUAAUGGAGAUGCUGUCACUGGGUCUGGAGAGGCAAGCUCAUCUGCAGUUUCAGCUAAUUCCAAGUUAUUUAGCCACUUCAUUGGCAUGGGAUUUUCGAGAGAAAUGGUUUCUAAAGUAAUUCAGGAAUAUGGUGAGGUAAACGAAGAUAAACUACUUGAAGAACUUCUCACAUACAAGGCUCUAGAAAGUUCUCCCCAGCCACAGCUGCAAAUUGAGCCAGAUCAUGGUUCUUCAGCAAAUGCGGGGAGCUCUUGGGAUGAUUUGUCAGAUACUGAUAUCUUUUCUGAUGAUGAAGUGAUUGCAAAAACUUCUUCUGAGAACAAUGAUACCUUACGGACUUUGAUGAAAAUGGGGUACCAGCAGGAGGAGGCUUUAAUUGCCAUAGAAAGAUUAGGCCAAAAUUCUUCACUUGAAGAAUUGGUAGAUUUUAUAGGUGUUGCUCAACUAGCAAAGGCUGAAGAUGCCCUUUUACCUCCUGAAGAAAAGCUUCGAUACAAUGACUAUGCCAAGUCCAAUAAACGAAGAUUUUAUGAUUAUGAAGUGUUGGGAAGGAAAAAGUCCAAGGGAUGUGAGAAGAAAGUUGUCAAUGAAGAUGAUGAGGAAGCUCUUCAUCUUCCAAACCCAAUGAUUGGGUUUGGUGUACCUACAGAGUCAAGCUUCAUAACACGCAGAAGGAUUCCAGAAGAUGCCAUUGGACCUCCUUACUUCUAUUAUGAGAAUGUGGCCUUAGCACCAAAAGGUGUUUGGCAAACAAUUUCUAGAUUUUUGUAUGAUGUGGAGCCAGAAUUUGUCGAUUCAAAGUUUUUCUGUGCGGCAGCCAGGAAAAGAGGCUAUAUUCACAAUCUUCCCAUCGAAAAUAGGUUCCCGCUUUUACCACUUCCACCUCGCACAAUACAUGAGGCUUUCCCCCUAACAAGGAAGUGGUGGCCCUCGUGGGACACAAGGACCAAACUUAAUUGUUUGCAAACAUGUAUUGGCAGUGCAAAACUUACAGAAAGAAUUAGAAAAGCUGUAGAAAACUAUGAUGAAAAUCCACCUGAGCAUGUCCAAAAGUAUGUUCUUGAUCAAUGUCGGAAAUGGAAUCUGGUUUGGGUUGGAAGGAAUAAAGUUGCUCCUCUUGAGCCUGAUGAAGUAGAAACACUGUUGGGCUUCCCAAGGAACCACACCAGGGGAGGUGGAAUAAGUAGGACUGACAGAUACAAGUCACUUGGCAAUUCGUUCCAGGUUGACACUGUGGCAUACCACUUGUCAGUUCUGAAGGAGAUGUAUCCUAAGGGUAUCAAUCUUCUUUCUCUCUUUUCUGGAAUUGGUGGGGCAGAGGUAGCUCUUCAUAGGCUUGGCAUCCCUCUCAAGAAUGUCGUGUCUGUUGAAAAAUCAGAAGUGAAUAGGAAUAUUGUUAGAAGUUGGUGGGAGCAAACAAAUCAGAAAGGUCAUUUAUAUGAUAUGGAUGAUGUAAGAGAACUAGAUGGUGAUCGUUUGGAGCAGCUGAUGAGCACCUUUGGGGGUUUUGAUCUCAUUGUUGGUGGCAGUCCAUGUAAUAACCUGGCUGGUAGCAACAGGGUCAGCAGGGAUGGACUAGAGGGAAAAGAAUCCUCUCUGUUCUUUGAUUACUUUCGGAUUCUAGAUUUGGUCAAAAAUUUGUCGGCCAAGUAUCGAUGA